AUGGCUGAGGAAUUGAAGAAAUUAGUAAAAAUAUGCGGAGGCCAUCGAGCCAGUCUUACGAAAACAUUAGCUGUAACAGAGGAACUCUUAACGUAAUCUACGGAAAUAUUUGAAGAAACACAGGCAAGUGACUUUGAAAUAAAACUUACCCAACGUGUGAUUUUGGGCGAGGAAUUAACACUUCUAAAGAGUUUAUGACAAGAUUAUCCUUUUGGUUGAGGACAGAAAUAUUGAGGAUGAGGUUGCCAGUGCUGAUGAUAUAUGUCAAGCUAUUCAAAGGGCAAUUGUUCACAUUGAUUUAAUUUUGGAAAAACUGAAGAAAAAAAAUGGAAUAAAGAUGGUGGAUCUUCACCAUCGAAUUUCGAAAGUUCGGUACGGUAAGAUUACCGAAAUUAGAACUAAAACAUUUUAAUGGGAACAUAAUGGAGUGGACUCCAUUUUGGGAUUCAUAUUCUUCUUCCAUUCAUGAAAAUCCUAAUUUAUCCGAUAUAGAUAAAUUCAAUUAUUUGAAUAGUCUGUUGGAAAAAUCUGCUGCUGAAGCAAUAUCGGGUUUAAAAAUAACUUCAGCAAACUACCAAGAGGCAAUAGAUAUCUUAGACAAAAGAUUUGGUAAUCAGCAACAAAUUGUCAAUGCCCACAUGAAUGCUUUAUUAAACCUGCCCAAGGUGACUAAUGUAGAUGACUUAAAGGCUCUCAGGCAAUUACAUGAUAAAGUAGAGAGCCAUAUGAGGGGAUUGAAAUCACUUGAAGUUGACUCUGGUUCAUAUGGUAGUCUGUUAACACCUAUUUUAAUUGAUAAGUUGCCUAAAGAGCUACGUUUAGAAGCUACAAAGCAGCUCAAAGAAGAUUGGGAUCUAGAUGAACUCAUCAAAAUCUUUAAAAGGGGAACUGGGGGCUCGAGAGAGGGCAAGUCUCUUACCCUGCAGUUCAAGGGAUCCCCCAUCUAA